AGCAGCAGCAACGAUUGCAGUGGAAGAAAAUGGAGCUGCUAUCGCAGAUGUGGUCACUCUUGGGCUUACUGACCAUCCUCCAAAACAUUCUCCCUUCUCAGCUUCUUUCCCUUCUCCAUUCCAUGUGGCAGUCCCUCCAAGACUCCAUCACCCCCUACUCCUACUUCGACGUUCCCGAGUUCCUCGGCUCCUCCGCCGUCGAGCCCAACGACCUCUACCGCCAUGUCCACCUCUACCUCCACCAGUCCCUCCUCAGCUCUGCUGCCGUCUCAGUGUCGGCUCCUCCUCGCCUCACCCUCUCUCUCCCUCGCGGUUCCGCCGCCGCUCCCUCGCUCUCCCUCUCCCCUAACCAGUCUCUUGAGGAUUCCUUCGCCGGCCACAGGCUCCUCUGGACCCACCAAGCCGACACCCUCCAGGACUCCCUCGAGGAGCGCCGCUCCUUCUCCCUCCGCUUGCCAAAGCGCGCGGCUGCUGCUCUUCUCGGCUCUUACCUUUCCCACCUAUCUGACAAGGCCGACCACCUCGAGCGCUCCUCCCGCCCCCGUCGCCUCUACACCAAUUCUCCCCGCGGCGGGCCACCGUCGUGGUCCUCUGUUCCCUUCCGUCACCCGGCUACGUUUGCAACGCUCGCUCUCGAUCCCCCAGUCAAGACCAGCCUCCUCGCCGAUCUCGAUGCAUUCGCGGCGGGCCGCGAGUUCUACCGCCGCACUGGUCGUGCAUGGAAGCGCGGGUACCUUCUGCAUGGCCCACCGGGCACCGGCAAGUCCUCGCUCAUUGCUGCGAUAGCCAACCAUCUCCGCUACGACGUCUACGACUUGGAGCUGACCCGAGUCUCCCACAACUCAGACCUCCGCUCCUUGCUCAUCCAAACAAGCAAUCGCUCUGUAAUCGUCAUUGAGGACAUCGAUUGCUCUCUCGACCUCACUGGCGACCGCCGUGGUACCGCGAAAUCCUCUGCAGCAGCUCUUGCUGCCAGCAGGAAAAGAGCAGCAAGAAAGCGACCCCAACCUUCGAUCAGCAACGAUAGUUCUGACUCCGAAGAUGAGUGCUGCGGCAAUAGCAAUGAUGGGAGGGUGACAUUGUCAGGGCUGCUGAAUUUUAUCGACGGCCUGUGGUCAUGCUGCGGAGAGGAGAGGGUAAUAGUGUUCACGACUAACUAUGCGGAAGCAGUCGACCCAGCGCUGCUGCGGCCGGGGAGGAUGGACGUGCAUGUGAGGCUGGGGGCAUGUGGAGCGCAUGCAAUGAGGGAGCUAGUCGAGCGGUACGUCGGUGCGACGGAGCAUGACAUGUUAAGAGUGGCGGAGAGUUGUAUUCGGGCAGGGGCGGAGAUGACACCGGCGGAGGUAGGGGAGGUGCUGUUACGGCACAGGGAGGAGCCAGAGGAGGCAGUGAGGAAAAUGGUGGCGGAGCUGCAGGCGAGAGUGGGAAGCAGUGGUGACAGCGGUGGUGGAGGAGGAGGAGAGGAAGAGGAGGAGGGGUCGGCGGCAUGGAGCUGGGAGGAAUCGCCGGAGAAGGCAAGAGGCAGGAAGAGGAGAGCCGGGUGGGAGAGGAGGGUGAGGUUUCUUCGAAGGCUGAGGAGUUUGACCAAGUCAGAUUCAGAAAGCAGGGGAGUAUAGUGGAGGAGUACUACUGCUGCUUUUUUAGGUGGACCGAAUCCACUUUUCUUCCUUUUAGGAGGGUUCUAUUGAGACUUUGGUCCUUCCGUAGCAUUAGUGUGAGGCUACCGUCCAACUGUAAGAUUUGUGUCAUCUUCUGUUGAUGUAAUUUAUGAUCGUGAUGGUACUAAUUUUCCUUUUAUCUUCAAAA